GUCCUUACAUUCCGUACGCAGUAAAAUAGAAAAGUUAACCCUCAAAUCGUGGGAUAAUAACGCUAAAUCAGAUUACAAGUUAUGAAUAGUAAAUACCUACCUAAUACAAUUAGACCAAAGUUCGCAGAGUAGGUGUCGAGUGUAACUUAAUCCUUGCAUUUCGAACACAAAAAAAUAUCCAAAACGAACCAUUCUAUUGACACCCGUGGUAUAAUCUCAAUAGCAAAGCAUCACUAUGGGAUAAAAUGCACAUUAUUAUACACCCAUAACUGUCAGCUUCCACUUGCUAGGUGAAUAAUUUAGUUUUACACGUUCUUUCGUUUUUGGGCUAGCUCCCAAAUGUUGAACCCAUUUUUCAACAUCGCAUUGAAUUUCAAAUAUGUCUUUAUAAGCGUGAUUGUUUUUUUAUUGUGGACUAUUCCCAAUUUGUUGUCCCGUGGAGGUGGUUUGUGUUUUAGGACAGUGCAACGAAAUAGGAAUAUGAGAAACCUAGAAGUCCUAACCACCAGGCUGGCGACGCUCAUCCUCCUCAACGCUGCUGGAGCUGGACUGGCUGCUCCAAGUGUGCUGGUCACCAGACCAAUCUCCAAGGUCUCAGUGGAAUGGUUGCCGAUGGACAAUCAGACUUUGUAUAGAUUGGAGGAAGGAGAGACACGAAACCUAGAACUGAACACGUCGCUGAUCUCCCAGAUGACGGUCUACAUCACAGUGAGUCCAUGCUCGAGGCAUAUGCACUGGGCGUUCUAUCGGGGACCACCUGAUUCUAGUGACUCAAAACUGCAACUGGUUCAGGAACACGGAGGUGUCGAGAUGCACACUAUAUCAUUUUCAAUAUCUAAACAAGACAGAUAUGUUUUGCAGUUGUCUUCUUCAAAAGGGGGCGCAGCAGCAGUGAGCGUGCGCGGGGAAGCCACCAGACUUGUGCGCAUGCGUUUGCGUGUACGUUCCAAACGAAGGCUUUCUACUAACUGGGAUCCUAGCCCUAUAGAUCCUCAAGCAACCACAUACUGCGUCGUCGCAUCCCAUAGAAAGAACUACACGUCACUCUGUGCUGCUCAAUACGAUGUUCGAUCGAAUCGAUUUGACAAUAAACCCAUUCGAUUCAACUCGGCUGAAGAUCGAUCCAACGAGAGGAUUCGUACGAAGCAUAAUCAGACUGACAACAAUACCGGAUUAACUGAUAGUAAUAAAAUAGACGAUUUGGAUGCUUUUAACAUAUAUGAAGGAAACUUCAAGAGUGUCUACAGGAGAAAGAAGUUUGGACGCAGCACAAGAGUAUCAAAUGAAGACCCAGUAAUUGCAUGCGUAGGAGAUAGAACACAUCAUUUAAUAGAAAAUUUGGAUCCAAGCACGACAUAUUUUGUAAGCAUAUUCGGAGUAGCAAGAGAUCGCCGAAUUGGUUCCUUACUUGCAUCGGGUAGUGUGAGGCCAAGAACCUCCACGGCUAAGAAACUUCGGGAAAACGUGCCUCUCAAAGCGGACAUUAAGGGGAAAAGCGUAUUUUACUUGAAGACGACAGUUGGAAGUGGAGGAGGGCUCUGGCUUGCAGUAUCAACUUGCGGCGGUUCCGUAGAUAUUGAUGUUUCUGUAAAAGGCAAACGAUUGUAUUUAGCUAAAAAUAUUGAACCACAUCUAAAGUUCUACAUACCAGCACCGAUAUCAAGUUCAUCAAUACAAGAAACCAGUGAUGAAGGAUCAGUCCAGUUCGAUUCGAGCUCCGAAGAAUCAAAAAUAAGAUAUGUGAUAAGAGUGCUGCCUAAUAAGUGGUACAGAGACUUAGCUGUUACUGUUGAGCUCACGGCAUCAACUACACGAUGGGGUGUCAGCACUCCAGAACUAGAUGGAGAAGAUGGAAGUACCGUGCGAGAGUUGCGACCGAGGAGAUCCUGCAACUCCGUUGACAUUGCGUUCUUACCAGCUUCUCAUAAUGCUACUGAUGUUAUUAGAUAUUGCGUCCUAAGUCGAGAGAUAGUGAAUAAUGACAAUUUUAUUUGUGCCUUAUCAAAGAAGUCCUCAACUAAAGCCCCAUGUACAAGUCACUUACAACGACCUCCAACGAGGGUGAUAGUCCAGAAAGUCACCGGUCUAAAACCUGGAAGAAAAUACGCGCUGCAAGUGACCGCUGCUUCGAAAGGGACCUCAGUGCCAUACAAUGCCAUAUACGUAGAAACGAAUGCCUCCUGUAAAGAAGAAUAAUAGUUUUGUCAACUGCUGUAUUUAACUUGGCUACCAUUUAUUAAUACCACAGAAUACAUAAUAUUUUCUAUAGCAAAACGUUUAGCAAACCAAAGCUUGCUUGUUGCACAUUACAGCUACGUACCUAUCUAUCUACUGUCUGUUUUUAGGAUUGCGUACACAAAGGGUAAAACAGCUCUGCCCUAUUAAUGGCACUAUAUCCAAAACAUGAUAAAAUUAUGUACGUAACCCUAAAAGAAAGAAGCCUAACUCGCACUUUUUUAUUUUCAACCGAUACGGUUUUUUUAACGGUUUCCCCGACCGCCUAAAAUAAAAUUGUACCUUUAACUAUAAUCUUUACAAUAUUAACAGUGUAAUCAUAUUGUCUAACUAAUCAUAUUUAAUGUAUUAUGUUCAGAAAUCUAAAAACGCUUCGAGAAAAAGUACCUUAUGCCCGUCCGCCGUUUGGCUCGUCUUGGCGGGGGCACUACCGUGCCCCCUGAUUUUGUUUUUUAUAACUAUAUUGAAACCAGGUGCCUACCUAGUGUAGUUUCCACCUAAUAAUACCUACCAUUAUGCAAAAAACUUAAAUAAUUGCGGUAGGUAGUCAAGUCAGAACCUGCAGCAGCUCCUUAUUGUAAUAGUAAAUCAGUAUUAGUUACAUUUAGGUUUAUUUUGUGUAGGUACCUAACUACUGUGAAAGUAAUAAUUAAAUAAUAAUGUGUAAUAAUUAAUUAUAAGUAACUUCUUAACAAAAUGAUGCCCGCGACUUCGUUCGCGUGGAUUUAGGUUUUUAAAAAUCCCGUGGGCGCCCCUUAAUUUCCCGGUCCUUCGACGGGAUGCAAGCUGUCUGUAACUUCGUCAAAAUUGGUUAAAAAAAUGGGCCGUCAAAAGCUAGGAGACAGGCUGACACUCUCGCAUUUAUAAUAUGGAUUUUAAAUAGGUUUUCAGUUAAUGGUAAUAGUUAGUUAAAAUAUAAUUUAAUUUUGCGUAAAGAUACCAGUUAUACUGGAGAUUUUUUGUAAAUAAACUAUAAAAAAAUAUCGCGUCAAUUUUCAAAUCAUAUAAUUAGUGAAACUGAACGUACUUAACAUUAUUUUUAAAUAAUAUAGAGGUUUUUGUAAUAAUUUAUUUCUUUAAAUUAAAAAAUUUGAGGGUAGUUUAUAAAAUAUACCUACUGGGGCUAUUUGCGCUAAGCAGUCGUAUUCAAUGUCAGUUGCCGUUUAAAUUGCAGCCAACUGAUGUGAAUGAACCGUAAAAUAUUUUUUUAUAGUUUCUAUAAUAUGAUUUCUGUGCUAUUUUAGUAGAAAUUGAUUGCGACUGCGUUGCGCAAUUACUCCCCUGAUCACUCCUGAUUAAUCAUGAUAAAUAGAAUAAGGUUUAUUUUAUGAUUUUAUAGAUAAGUUUACUUGUGGCAUUUAGUUGAACAGAAUGUAAGUUCCUACUAUUUUUAUGCAGAGUGUAUUUAAAAGAUAUAGAAUUUUAAAAUAUAAUAAAUUUAAAAAGA